GUCACCAGCUUCCGGCGGAAACGGCUCCCUCCGGCGGUGCGCGCUUCUACGGUUACGCGUCCAAAGCCGCCUCACGUGCGUUCUCGGUCAGUAAUAACGCGUACGAUAUUUUGCGCCUUUGUUUGACUUCUGAAUGCCAAUGCCAAUGCGCUUGUGUGGAAGCUAACGACGCGGAGUGCGGCCGUUCGAGCUUCUUGAGGCAGCCACGACGGAUGGACCUGUUCGGCGAUCUCCCCGAACCAACCCACACAGCGGGUGGAGGGUCUGAGCAGCCGCUGCUGCAGGACAGGGCUGAAAAACGCAAAGCGGAGGUCUGCAGGGGCGCUGAUGGUGACGGUGAUGAUGAAGCACUGGAGAAAAAGAAAGUUUGUAAAGGAUGGGCCAAGUUGACGGGAUACGUGGCUGCACGCCGGGGCGAGAGGGAGGACAUGCAAGAUGCACAUGUGCUCCUGCCGGACCUCAGCACCUGCUUUCCAACAUUUCCACACCAAGUAUCCCGUUUGGCUUACUUUGCGGUGUUUGAUGGGCAUGGAGGGUCUCGAGCAUCACGCUUUGCUGCUGAACAUCUCCAUCACACUUUGGCUCUCAAAUUUCCCAAAGGUGAGGUGGAGAAUCUGGACAAACUUGUGAGGAAGUGUUUAGUGGACACAUUCAGACAGACAGAUGAGGACUUUCUGAAACAGGCAUCAAGCCAGAAACCAGUCUGGAAAGAUGGGUCCACAGCCACCUGCAUGCUGGUGGUGAAUGACACCGUGUAUGUGGCCAACCUGGGUGAUAGCAGGGCUGUGCUGUGCCGGGAAGAAGAGGAAGAGGAGAAUAACACCAAGAAGCCAGUUACUUUAGCACUGAGCAAAGAGCAUAACCCAACAUGUUAUGAGGAACGAAUGAGGAUACAGAAAGCAGGCGGCACUGUCAGGGAUGGGCGUGUUUUGGGUGUGCUGGAAGUGUCUCGCUCGAUUGGGGACGGACAGUACAAGCGCUGUGGUGUGAUUUCUACACCUGAUAUACGGCGCUGUCAGCUCACCCCUAAUGAUAAAUUUUUCAUUCUAGCUUGUGACGGGCUCUUCAAGGUGUUCACUGCGGAGCAAGCAGUGAGUUUUGUCCGUGAUGUGCUGCAGGACGACACAGUGGAGUGCCGUAAAGAGCUCACUGAAAAGGAAGCGCACUUUGAAGCAGCAUGUCAGCGCCUGGCCACGGAGGCAGUGAGACGAGGCUGUGCGGACAAUGUUACAGUCGUCCUCGUCUCUGUCGAUUCCUAAAAGAGAAAGGCCAACGUCCGUUCCCCAUCUUUCUCAUCCUUUUUGCUUUUUCUUACCACCUCCUCUCUGGUCUGUACAACUGUUUUAGAACGAUGUUAGGAUGUUCAUUGGGGAGACAGAAAUGAAUUUUCAGAGGCAUUCUUUGGUUAUCUUUUUUUAAUGUACAAUAUUUUGGGAAAUGAAUUUCAUAAUGCCUUUCUAACAAGAUACUUAACAUGGAACAGCUCUUUUCAGGAAAAAUCGCUGUUUUAUACUUCCUCUUUGUGUUUGGUUUUCGGACCCGUCGUAUACAGAUUUGGAUGUGAACCUUCUCAUUUCCCUCUGCCUCAGUUAAUAGCAGGAAAUGGCAAAAUCUUCCAUCAUCCAGCUGUUUUUCAAAGAUGAUACUCAGUGCCUCUGUGCGUCAGUUAUUUGUCUGAUACAAAUCAAUCCCAUUUAGGAAACAGUUGGAGAAGGAUGCAGUACUUCUAACUAAGCAUUUAUUGUAAAAGCCUCAGCUCUCAUUUUACAUGGCUUCCGUGCGUCACUGCAGUACUCUGUAGUUUAGUAGUGAAGGAUGUUGUUAGUUAGUGGUCAAAUAUGUAAUACUGCAUUCCAAAGACUCAGGUUUCAAACUCUGUUGUAGGUUUUGCAUGGAAUUUAGGUAACAGUAAAUCUAAAUUUGUACCAAGAAGGUUUCAUGUCU